UUUUCUCUCGCUCGGGGGAGAGGGAGAGAGAGAGAGAGAGAGAGAGAGAGGGUGGGAGGGAGAGAUGAAAAGACAGAGCGGGAGUUCGAAAAAAAAGAAAAAAGAAAAAAUAGCAAAAUAAUUGGCAUAUACUGAAGCUGUGAAGCAUUAAAUGCCUUUCAAGUUUGAAGCUUCUCAGCCCUCGCAGCUCUCAGUUCUCACCUCCAAGCCCUAAACAAAUUUCGAACUCCCUUCUCUCUCCCAAACCUAUUUCUCAUUUCUCUAGGUUUGUUUGCUUGUGAUGAUGGCCUUGCAAUCGCAGGAAUGCGUGAAGGAUAGCACAAAAUUCGAAGAAACUGAGUUAUCGAGAAGAGAGAGCGCUAGGAUAAAGGAUAAGCGGAGAGCCGAGAAGGAGCUCCAGGUGCGUCGGAGAGUAGAGCUGCUAAAUGAGCAGCCAGUCGUUGCAGGGGAUGGAGGCAGACGGAAAAGAAUCAAACAUUGCUACUCAAGGAGGGCUUCCGUUAAAAAUGGGCACGGAGAGGUGGAGAAGAUCUCCCAGGGUUUCGAGGUAGGGGACAAGCCGAUGAAUCGGAGCUUGGAAGCAGAAAAUAUGGCUGUGGGUGAGAAUGGUGCAGCGAGUACAUUUGAGAAGAGUGACUAUGCAAAGGUGAAGGAGACGCUGAGAGUGUUCAACAAGCACUAUCUCCAUUUCGUGCAGGAAGAGGAAAAACGGUGUGGAAAAGUAAAAGCGGAAGCGGAAGGGAAAGCCUCCAAAGCUUCAAAAUCUAAGAAACGGGCUGCACGAGAAGAGAAAAAGUCCAAAGCAUCUAGAGGUUCAAAAUCUAAGAUACAGGCUGCACCAGAAGACACAAAGUCCAGGACCAAGCGACCUGAUCUGAAGGCUGUAUCUAAGAUGAUGGAGACAAACGGAAUCUUGUACCCGGAGAAAAGAAUUGGUGAUAUUCCAGGUAUUAAGGUUGGACAUCAGUUCUAUGCACGGGCUGAAAUGGUUGUUGUUGGUUUUCACAGUCACUGGCUGAACGGGAUUGAUUAUAUGGGGCAGAGUUACAGUAAAGGGGAGUAUAGGAACUACACGUUCCCGCUUGCAGUUGCCAUUGUUUUGUCCGGCAUGUAUGAAGAUGACCUUGAUAAUGCUGACGAUGUCGUGUAUACCGGUCAAGGUGGACAUGAUUUAACGGGUAAGAAGCAUCAGAUCCAAGACCAAAAGAUGGAGCGUGGAAAUUUGGCGCUUAAGAACUGUGUGGAGCAACAUGUGCCUGUUAGAGUCGUUCGUGGCCAUGAAUCUAAAAGCAGUUACACUGGUAAAGUGUACACGUACGAUGGAUUGUACAAGGUUGUGAAGUACUGGGCGGAGAAGGGUCUUUCUGGAUUUACAGUAUAUAAGUAUCGUCUAAGGCGGCUCGAAGGGCAGCCACUAUUGACCACUAACCAGGUUCACUUUACUCGUGGGCGCGUACCUCAGUCUGUUUCAGAAAUACGUGGGUUGGUUUGCGAGGACAUCACUGGUGGUCAAGAGGAUCUUCCCAUUCCAGCUACCAAUUUGGUUGAUGAUCCACCUGUUGCACCCACAGGUUACAAGUAUUGCAAGUCUGUUCAAGUUGUGAAAAAUGUGAAGCUUCCCAAUAAUGCCUCUGGAUGCAAUUGCAAAGGAAUGUGUGUGGACCCCAAGACCUGUGCUUGUGCUAUGCUUAAUGGCUCUGACUUCCCUUAUGUAUCACGUGAUGGUGGAAGAUUAAUUGAAGCCAAGGAUGUUGUCUUUGAAUGUGGUCCAAAAUGUGGCUGCGGACCAGAUUGUGUGAACCGUACGUCUCAGAGAGGCCUGAAGUAUCGACUCGAGGUUUUCCGCACUCCAAAGAAAGGGUGGGCUGUUCGAUCUUGGGACUUCAUACCUUCUGGGGCACCAGUUUGUGAGUACACAGGAAUACUUAUGCGGACUCAGGAUUUAGAUAGUGUCGCAGAGAAUAAUUACAUUUUUGAGAUUGAUUGCUUGCAAACAAUGAGGGGCCUUGGUGGAAGAGAGAGGCGAUUUCGGGAUGUACCUGUGCCAACAAUCAUUUCUUCAGACAGGCCUGAUGAUCUGAGAACUGAGGAUGUACCUGUGCCAACAAUCAUUUCUUCAGACAGGCCUGAUGAUCUGAGAUCUGAAAAUAUACCAGAGUUUUGCAUUGAUGCAGGAUCCACUGGAAAUAUUGCAAGGUUUAUUAAUCACAGCUGCGAGCCUAAUCUUUUCGUCCAAUGUGUUUUGAGCUCACACCACGACAUCAAACUUGCUCGAGUAAUGCUAUUUGCGGCAGACAACAUACCUCCUUUGCAGGAGCUGACAUACGACUAUGGCUAUGCCCUUGAUAGUGUCUCUGGUCCGGAUGGAAAGAUACAACAGAUGUUCUGUUACUGUGGUGCAGCAGAUUGUAGGAAGCGCUUAUUCUAGGUUCUUAAUUCUGAUCAACACCUCACCUGUUGACUCUUUUGGCCUAAUGAUGUUAGCUUGCACCAACAUUUUGCAUGCACUGACCUUUGUUCACCGCCUUCAACUGAUGCUACCUUCUCUACAUCCUGAUUCCAUCUUCUUCUUUUUUUCUUUUCUUUUUCUUCUUUUUUGUGCCCCUACAUCAAUUUGACUCCUUGGGUUCCCCUGCAUCAUUACGUGGGGGUGCCUCUAUAGUAAUUCUGUAACUGAAAGAAGCAUAGAAAGAAAUUUUGAUAUGUCAAUUUUUAUGGAAAUCAAUGAAAAAUCAUGAUAAUAAUUUUUAGUAA